GCCUCCCCGGGGCCGGGCUUUGUCUGUUGCGGCCUCCUGGGGACGCGCGCACGUGCCUGGAGCACACACCCCCUCGGGUCCCGAGCUUCGCGGCGGGGCGACCCCCCUUCCUCACUCCUUACUCCUUUCCUAUUUCCUCCUCCUCUUUGUCCCAGUCCCGCCCCCGGUUCCAGGAGAGUCCCAGGUUCCUGAGGCGGGAAACGUUGCCUCCUUUGUCCUCACGGGGCGCGGAGAGGCGGACCCCUCCUUGGAAGCCCCUUCCCACGCGGACAGCAGAGGAAGCCUUUGUGGGUUCGUCGGGUUUCCAAACCUCUAGUCAGCCUGGCCUCUCUCAGAUCAGGGUCCAAAUUUGGAAGGGUUUUAGCUUUCUUUUUUUUAGUUCAUUUGUUUUCAUUUUUGAAUGUUUUUCCAGAUUGUAUUUGCCUUCCCUAGAACGGCAGUCUGUUUGGGUGCAAGCUUGGGCCCCGAAACGUGGAUGCUUAAAACCCCUUUCUACCUUUAUUUUCCCUCGUAGUUGAGCGAUUGAGAUUCUCGAGGUUACGCAGGAGGUUCUGCCCCAGUUAAUCUACCGCCUGGAUGAAUUAUUUGGGGUGUACGGCGGUCUGCAUGCUCUCCCCCAGUUCCGUGACCAAAUUUGAGGAGAGUAAGGGAUCUCUUCUUCACAUAUCCAACAUUGAUUGCCAGUUGCUGCUUAGGUGACAUGGAUCAGCAACGAAGCAUCAGUUUCAGUGACAUCCUUUUCUGGACUCCGAGCUGAAGUAUUGAUAACACCAAGGAAAUCUAUCACGAUUUGAAAAGAUAAGCAAAAGUUUGAUUUCCAGACACUACAGAAGUAAAAAUGCGUCCAAUGCGAAUUUUUGUGAAUGAUGACCGCCAUGUAAUGGCAAAGCAUUCUUCCGUUUAUCCAACGCAAGAGGAGCUGGAGGCAGUCCAGAACAUGGUGUCCCACACGGAGCGGGCACUCAAAGCUGUGUCCGACUGGAUAGACGAGCAGGAAAAGGGUAGCAGCGAGCAGGCAGAGUCCGAUAACAUGGAUGUGCCCCCAGAGGACGACAGUAAAGAAGGGGCUGGGGAACAGAAGACGGAGCAUAUGACCAGAACCCUGCGGGGAGUGAUGCGGGUGGGCCUGGUGGCAAAGGGCCUCCUACUCAAGGGGGACUUGGAUCUGGAGCUGGUGCUGCUGUGUAAGGAGAAGCCCACAACUGCCCUCCUAGACAAGGUGGCCGACAACCUGGCCAUCCAGCUUGCUGCUGUAACAGAAGACAAGUACGAAAUACUGCAAUCUGUCGACGAUGCUGCGAUUGUGAUAAAAAACACAAAAGAGCCUCCAUUGUCCUUGACCAUCCACCUGACAUCCCCUGUUGUCAGAGAAGAAAUGGAAAAAGUAUUAGCUGGAGAAACGCUAUCAGUCAACGACCCCCCGGACGUUCUGGACAGGCAGAAAUGCCUUGCUGCCUUGGCGUCCCUCCGACACGCCAAGUGGUUCCAGGCUCGAGCCAACGGACUGAAGUCCUGUGUCAUUGUAAUCCGGGUCCUCAGGGACCUGUGCACUCGCGUGCCCACCUGGGGUCCCCUCCGAGGCUGGCCUCUCGAGCUCCUGUGUGAGAAAUCCAUUGGGACAGCCAACAGACCGAUGGGUGCUGGCGAGGCCCUGCGAAGAGUGCUGGAGUGCCUGGCGUCGGGCAUCGUGAUGCCAGAUGGUUCUGGCAUUUAUGACCCUUGUGAAAAAGAAGCCACUGAUGCUAUUGGGCAUCUAGACAGACAGCAACGGGAAGAUAUCACACAGAGUGCGCAGCACGCACUGCGACUCGCUGCCUUCGGCCAGCUCCAUAAAGUCCUGGGCAUGGACCCUCUGCCUUCCAAGAUGCCCAAGAAACCAAAGAAUGAAAACCCAGUGGACUACACCGUUCAGAUCCCACCCAGCACCACCUAUGCCAUUACGCCCAUGAAACGCCCAAUGGAGGAGGACGGGGAAGAGAAGUCUCCCAGCAAAAAGAAGAAGAAGAUUCAGAAGAAAGAGGAGAAGGCAGAGCCCCCCCAAGCUAUGAAUGCCCUGAUGCGGCUGAACCAGCUGAAGCCAGGGCUGCAGUACAAGCUCGUGUCCCAGACUGGGCCCGUCCAUGCCCCCAUCUUUACCAUGUCUGUGGAGGUUGAUGGCAAUUCAUUCGAGGCCUCUGGGCCCUCCAAAAAGACGGCCAAGCUGCACGUGGCCGUUAAGGUGUUACAGGACAUGGGCUUGCCGACGGGUGCCGAAGGCAGGGACUCUAGCAAGGGGGAGGACUCGGCUGAGGAGACUGAGGCGAAGCCAGCGGUGGUGGCCCCCGCCCCAGUGGUAGAAGCUGUCUCAACCCCUAGUGCGGCCUUUCCCUCAGAUGCCACUGCCGAGAACGUAAAACAGCAGGGGCCAAUCCUGACAAAGCACGGCAAGAACCCAGUCAUGGAGCUGAACGAGAAAAGGCGGGGGCUCAAGUACGAGCUCAUCUCCGAGACCGGUGGCAGCCACGACAAGCGCUUCGUCAUGGAGGUUGAAGUGGAUGGACAGAAGUUCCAAGGUGCUGGUUCCAACAAAAAGGUGGCGAAGGCGUACGCUGCCCUUGCUGCCCUAGAAAAGCUUUUCCCUGACACCCCUCUCGCCCUUGAUGCCAACAAAAAGAAGAGAGCCCCAGUACCCGUCAGAGGGGGACCGAAAUUUGCUGCUAAGCCACAUAACCCUGGCUUCGGCAUGGGAGGCCCCAUGCACAAUGAAGUGCCCCCACCCCCCAACCUUCGAGGGCGGGGAAGAGGCGGGAACAUCCGGGGACGAGGGCGCGGGCGAGGAUUUGGUGGCGCCAACCACGGAGGCUACAUGAAUGCUGGCGCUGGAUAUGGAAGCUACGGGUACGGAGGCAACUCGGCGACAGCAGGCUACAGUCAGUUCUACAGCAACGGAGGGCAUUCUGGGAAUGCCGGUGGCGGUGGCGGCGGGGGCGGUGGUGGCUCCUCCGGCUAUGGCUCCUACUACCAAGGUGACAACUACAACUCACCGGUGCCCCCAAAACACGCUGGGAAGAAGCAGCCGCACGGGGGCCAGCAGAAGCCCUCCUACGGCUCGGGCUACCAGUCCCACCAGGGCCAGCAGCAGUCCUACAACCAGAGCCCCUACAGCAACUAUGGCCCCCCGCAGGGCAAGCAGAAAGGCUAUAACCAUGGACAAGGCAGCUACUCCUACUCGAACUCCUACAACUCUCCCGGGGGCGGGGGCGGAUCCGACUACAACUACGAGAGCAAAUUCAACUACAGUGGUAGUGGAGGCCGAAGCAGCGGGAACAGCUACGGCUCAGGCGGGGCAUCCUACAACCCAGGGUCACACGGGGGCUACGGCGGAGGUUCUGGGGGCGGCUCCUCAUACCAAGGCAAACAAGGAGGCUACUCACAGUCGAACUACAACUCCCCGGGGUCCGGCCAGAACUACAGUGGCCCUCCCAGCUCCUACCAGUCCUCACAAGGCGGCUAUGGCAGAAACGCAGACCACAGCAUGAACUACCAGUACAGAUAAGCCCCCGCGGGGCGGAGAUUUCUACCUUCUGCACUUACUCCCCAUCAGAAGAUCGAGUUUUAUGCAUCACAGUUAACAUGUCAGCUGGCCCUCCAGGCCCCCGCCCCCACCCCGUCCACGUUGCUGUGUCGUGAGGUGCAGCGGGUCACCCUGUGGCCCGUCCUGUGACCCAUAUUUAGCCGUGUUUGGGACUCCGUGUCUUCAAUGGUUUGUUAGUUGCCAUUACAACUUUGUCUGGGUAGAGUUUUUGAGUUCUUGCAGUUCAGUAUCCCUCUGUCUAUUCACACUUGGUGUUAGUGGUAACUCAGUUUGUCUUUAAAUAGUUACGGAAGGGAUACGUCAUUUGUUAAUGCUUUUGUGAAGUGAGUUAAACGAGCUUUCUGUAUUUUAAUGCUUUAGUGUUUCAGUUUUAUAAGUGAAGAUUUUAUUUUAAAAACCAGUGGGAAAGAGUGGGGGGUUUCUUUUUAUGUCUGGGUCAUUCAGGCAGUACAUCUGAAUUAAGCUGAAUGUAGACAAAUAAAGAAAAACAAAACUGCGCCCGUCUUAGGCCUGGGUGUCUGACCCACCAGCAGCGCAAUGAGCAGGUUUCCCCGCUCUGUCCCUGCUCGGGGAAAGCAGGGCGGGCCAGCAGGAUGCUCCCUGGUCCUUAGAGAGGGUCCAGUUCUGGCCUUCUAGACAUUUUACUCAUGCUCAGCGAAGGCUGGUUGCUGGUCUCCUGGGCUGUGUAGACCCGGUGUCCCACCAGGCUCCAGGCUCCCACUGUCCGUAGAGGGGCUCACAGUGCCCAUUCUGGUCUUGGGGAACCCAUCACAAAACAGGCAGGCUUUUUCUGCUCCCUGAUUUUGGUGUGGUUCUAAGUACACCAGUGAUGUCCUCUGUAGGGGCAUGCCUGUGGUGGAACACACAACCCAGUUAGAAAAAGAAAGGGCAGGUGAGGCCUGGGGUAACCCCAGCCACGGAUCGUCAGUGGCUAGAGGGAGCUUCAUGUCUGUGCUGGAGUUGCAGCCUGCUCGCCAUCUGGAGGCUCAGCAGAGUGGGGAGUUGGGGUUCUCACACCAGCAGAUUUCCCUAGAGCGUGAUUCUCCCAUCUGAGGCAAUCUCACCUCCCAGGGGAAAUUUUGCAAUGUUUGGAGGAUGUUGUCACAGCUAGCAGGUGCUCUGGGAUCUAGUGGAUACAGGCCAAGGAUGCUGUCAAGCAUACUAUGCUGCCCAGAAGAGUGGCCCACAGCGGGGACCUGCCCUAUCGAAAUACCAGGUGUGUGGAGGUGGAGACCCUACGCUAGAGCAGCCCUUCUAGCUCCACCUUGCCUGGGGAGGGAGGAGGAGCUCUGGUUUCAGGGCAUUGCUGGGAUUGCCUUUCCCCAGGAUCCUUGUCGGCCAUCCGGGAAGAACUGUACCUGCCAAGCCUGGGACCACACAUCUACAGAGAUCCUGCUUUGCUGACCUGAGCACCAGGCCUUGGCCUCCUGUGCUUGGGUAACCAUGGCCACUGGGAAAAGUGAGGACCAUUUUUGACUCAGAAUCAUUCAGCUAAUGUAGAAUAUCAAGUGUGCUUUCAAAGGAUGAAGAUUUGCUUUCUUGGAGAGGUGAAAGAACAAGUUGUGUGCUAGAAAACUGUUGAGGAAUUCUCAUUUGUGUUAGAGCAGAGGAGGUCCCAGAUACCAAGUGGCCCCUCCCAGGAAAGGGUGGGAGAAGAGGACCUGAAGUACCCUGAGAUCCUAGCAGUGCACACAGUGGAGGGAUGAGGAUGGAUGAGUCCUACCCCCAAUUUUGAUGGGAUGUGUUCAUGUCCUGUCUCCUCUCUUGGACAUAUUAAGGGGUUGGGACAAGAAGGGACGCCUGUGAGAUCAGCAGACCUUGUAUUUGAGGAGAGAAUACCAGCCUGUAACACCCAUGGAAGGGAUGCCUCCUGGCCCCACCUGCCAAAUACCUCCAAACUCCGGGCAGGCGCCUGCAUUCUCAACACAGGACUCUCCUUGCAGUUUCCCGCUCAGUGAUCGCUACCAGGGUCGUUUCUGAAUGUAGACCCACCACGAGGGAUGGAUUCCAUCCGCCCGUCCUGCUGCAGAUCUGCCGCAUAGCAGGCACGUGUCUUGGAGAGAACAGCUCUGAGCACAGCAUCCUUGGAGCCCUCAGUCCGCUCAGGGGCCUCACCGGUGCUGAUUAUGCCGUCAUGCCGCUUGCCUGUGACAGUGUCCCAGCUACAACAGGACGCUGGGUUCAGGAAGAUGUGGCUAUCACCUUGAGCACUGACAGUGGCCUUCUGGGCCAGUUGCCUUCCAAACCCAGGAAGCUGACCUGCAGGAGGGCCUACAAAUGGGCCCUGUAAGAGCUAGGCAACAGUUGGCUUGUGAUGAGACACCUCAACGCUUUGGGUGGACGGCGUCCUACAUGAGUUGAUAGGAUGGGGUGCUUGGUGGAUGGGCCAUGGAGGUCCGUGAGCGGGAACUGGGCACACACCAUCCCAGAGGGCUCAAGAUGCCCCAGGAGGGAAAGAAGGGCAACAGACUACACGAUUGGACAUGUGUGAUUGGCUGGGAUGAAGUUGGAGGGAGGGCCGGGGGAUUGGUACUGAUUCCAAGGAGGAAGUAUUGGGGCUUGAUGAACUAUGAUGAAAGGAGGCCUCUGAGCCACAACAAGGGGCACAUCCAGGAUUUCCGCCACCCUGGAUUUAGUAGAGCCAGUAGGCCCUGGUAUGUCACUCUGGGCAGGGAUGCUGUCAGCCCUGAGGGUUGCCACCCACCUGUUUGUUGCCCUCUGUACUGGCAGGGAAACAUACACCCCUUGUCUCACCACAGACUUUGCUUGUGUAGUCAGUAGGGCUGGCCCUGCCCCAAGGACUCACUGCAUGUACCCGGACCCCUAGGCCUGGCCUUUGCAGCAGAGGUGGCAGCUUCUGGAUUCCAGCUGUAGCUGUGAGCCCCUUGCUGGCUGUGCACUGCACCGGCCUGAGACCGCUGGAUACAAUGUUGGGCAACAACUCAGCCAGCCUGAUGGCAGGCUCAGAGGCUCACUCUAACCCAUCCCAGAAUAAAUGGAGACUUCAUGUGUUCA